AUGUAUCUAGGGCUUCGAGGACCCUCCCUUGUUGCCGCUAUAGGAUUUUGCUGUGGAAGUGGGUUUUUGCUAUUGGGAUAUGACCAAGGUGUGAUGGGCGGAGUUGUUGGAUACUCCGGGAAUACAUUCGCACAGGUUUUUGAUAAUCCGAACCCAACAGUAACUGGCCUAAUGGUCAGUCUUUAUGAGGUGGGCUGCAUGUUUGGGUCCAUCAUAAUUAUCUUUUGGGGAGACAAUCUCGGUCGGCGAAUGUCCCUGGUCAUUGGUGGUUUCAUCGUCAUUCUUGGGACGGUCAUUCAAGCUUCAUCUUUUUCUCGAGUGCAAUUUAUUGUCGGAAGAAUAGUGGCGGGCCUGGGAAACGGAAUGAAUACAAGUACCCUCGGCACAUAUCAAUCGGAAACCUGCCCUGCCAAGAAUCGGGGCAGAGUGGUGACAUGUGAGGGCAUCAUGGCAAUUGGAGGUGUCUGGAUCUCAUACUGGUUGGACUUUGGCAUGUCAUAUGCAAAGUCUACGGUACAAUGGAGACUUCCGCUUGCUGUGCCGGCUAUUUUUGCUUUGGCCAUGUCGGGAGUUGCAUUUUUCAUGCCAGAAUCCCCUCGUUGGUUAGCAUUGAAGAAUCGAGACGAUGAGGCUAAGGAGGUUUUGGCUGCACUAGCCGGUGAAGAUGUUCGCACCGACGACGAGUCCAUUCUCGAAAUGCACAACACCAUUCGACAAGCAAUUGACUAUGAAACUCACAUGAGUGGGGAAUUCAGCUUUCGUGAGCUUUUUACCGGAGGGGAGCUACAAAAUUUCCGACGUAUCUGCCUCUGCUUCGGAAUACAACUCAUGGAGGAAAUGGGUGGAAUCAAUUUGAUCACUUAUUACAUGAGUAACGUUUUUCUCCAAAUCGGCACUGGUCACUUUUUGGCUUUACUACUUUCCGGAAUCAACUCGACUACUUAUUUCAUUUCUUCGUUUGUGCCUAUCUGGCUGAUCGAUCGGUUUGGAAGAAAGUCCCUACUCAUUUAUGGUACGAUUGGCAUGAUGUGCAUGAUGAUAAUGCUCACAAUAUCACUGAGCUUUGGCCCUGCGAACUUCACAGCAGGUAUUUUCGCGAUUCUUUCGAUAUUCCUUUUCAAUAUAUUUUAUGCAACGGGCGGAUGGAUGGCUACCCCCUUCCUAUAUCCCUCUGAAAUUUCUACGCUGCGUCUUCGCUCAAAGGGUUCAGCUAUUUCUGUUCUGUCGAAGUGGAUGUUCAAUUUUCUGGUAGUGAUGAUUUCACCGGUCGCCAUGGCAAAUAUAGGGUGGCGAACGUAUAUCAUUUUCGCAGUCUUGAAUUUUGUGUUCAUUUUUGUUUUGUUCUUCUUUUACCCCGAGACGAAAGGGCUCGAGCUUGAGCAAGUCGACAAAAUCUUUACCGGGGGUGACCCAAUCACCCGUGGUGCCAUUGGUAUGCGUCGCCCUCUCGGAGCUGAGAAUCAUCAACCAAGUCAAGAUUUCCUGGAUAAAUCUGGCCAUGAUCUUUCGAAACAUAUCGAGGAUGUGGGAAAGAGUUCAGAGGUCUAA